AAAAGUACACUGUAUAAUGGAGUUGAAUGAGAUACCGAUAGUGAACGAUCCUAAACAAGGGUACGGUUUGAUUAAUAAUGGAGUUCAGUUGUCAGAUGAUGAUGUAAAAGUAGAGUUGACAAAACGCAACCAACCAACGACUCUUUUAAAUGAAACUAAAGAUGAAAGAAGAACCAGAUUGCAGAAGAUAAUAGACGAAAGUCGACAGGACCAGAUUGUAUCCUCAGACCAAGACAUGGAAGACGAUGAGGGAGACGACGAAGACGACGAAGAAGAAUUCUACACCCCAGGGUCCGACGAGUUAUACCAAGCACGUCUUAAGAUAUUAUCAUAUUCUUUGGAGAGAGCCGACAAGAGGCUUCAAGCUCAGAAAGAGAGGUCAAAGAAACAAGAUUUUACACAGAUAUUGAAGGCUCGAAGAAGUAUCAAUGCUGACUUAUCACAAAUCGAACUAUACGGUACCCAAUUAAUCCCUGGCAAUACCAGAGCAUUAUCUGCUACUAGAUUCAAUAAUAAUGGCACACUCAUCGGGUGUGGGUCAUGGGACGGGAAUGUCUAUUUUCUCAACAGCACUGAUUUGAAACUAGAGAAGAGUCUGUUAUCGGGUUUUCAUACUGAAAAAGUUAGUGGUAUAGACUGGAAACCUAUUGGUGACGAAAACAUACUAGUGUCUGGUGGUAACGAGGGUUGUAUCAAUUUCUGGAACAUUGACACGGAAAAGGACAAGUUGUCUCCAACCAACAGCAUCAAACAGGCCCACUCAAACCGUAUAACGAAAACUUUAUACCAUCCUUCAGGCGAUUACAUUGCCUCGACGUCUUUCGACCAAACAUGGAAACUUUGGGAUCCUCGCCGGCCAGAAUCCGAGCUUGUUGAACAAGAGGGCCAUUCAAAAGAGCUCUUUGCUGCUUCGUUCCAUCCCGAUGGCAGUCUACUAGCCACUGGUGGACUUGAUGCCAUUGGAAGAAUCUGGGACUUGAGAUCAGGCAGGUCCAUUGCCUUAUUACAAAGUCACAUAAAGGGUAUCUACAGUAUGGACUGGUCAAACAACGGGUACCACCUAGCCACCGCCAGUGGCGAUUGCUCUGUGAAAAUUUGGGAUUUGAGAAAGUUAUCAAGCAAAGAGCUGUUCUCAAUCCCUGCUCAUAAUAAACUUGUGAGCGAAGUAAGGUUUUACCACCAAAAAGAAGCCUCUCGUGACUUGGACCGUGACUCGUCCUACCUUAUUACUUCUUCCUACGACAAUACAAUCAAUAUUUGGUCGGCUGAUAACUGGGUGAAACAAAAGUCGUUACAGGGCCACAAUGAUAAAAUCAUGAGCUGUGACAUAAGCCCAAACGGGGAUUCCAUCGUCAGCUGUGGAUGGGACAGAAGUGUCAAGCUCUGGAGUGGACCCUGAUCCCAUCAAAACUUCCAUAUACUUAAAAACUGUACAUAUCUAAUGCUAUUAAAAGACUGCAAAAAGCCAACAUGUAAAACCACCGUUUGGUUCCAAAAAAUUAGUCGUAAGUCGUUAAUCAGUGAGAAAACAAGCUCAAGUGCGCCAAAAUCUGAUUU